AUGGGCCGGCCCACCCCCUACCUACCUAACCCCACUACCCCGAAACCCUAUCCCCCCACGCGCUCCACUCCCUCCCCCGUUUCCCUGGAUCGGGAUCGAUCCCCCCACUCCCCUCGUUCCUCUCCUCCCCACUCGCCUGUUCUGGAUCGGCGGGAGGGACCCGAUCCCGCGCCGCCCCACGCCCCUGAAGCCGGCGCGCGUCCCCGACGCCGCCCCGACGACCUCACCUCCCCGCCUCGCCCCGACGUCGCCCCGCGCCUCGCCUUGCGCCCUGCCGGCGCCCCCCCUCUCCCCGAUCUGGACGCGCCGCCCCCGAUCCCGUCGUCAUCGCCGACGCCCGGCGCCGCCUCGCCGAGCCUGACGCCGCCUGGUGCCGCCCCGCGCCCCUGGCGCCGGCGCUCGUCCCCGGUGCCACCCCGACGCCCCACCUCGACGCUGCUGGACCCCGCCGCCCGUCUUCGUCCUCCGCCUCGACCACGCCUCCUCGCCGGACUCCUCCCCGGCGUCGAACCGUACCCGUCGUCCUCCCCGAGCACCGCUGCCCUGUCCCUACGGCCCCGCGGUGAGGCCCCCGGCCUCUGCUUCUCUUCCCCCUCUCCUUGCCAUCGCCGGAACAGCCCACGGCUACGCUCGCACCGAGCGUGCGCUCACCGCCAGACCGCGCACGCGCACACCCCUGGAGCACCUCGACGCUCCCUGGCCGCGCCAGCGCGGGCGCCGUCACGCGCCCCACGCUCGUUUCUGCCUCGGGGCCGCGAUCUCCUCCCUCAUGCCGCGCCUGGGUCAUGUGCCCGCUCGCCCGGCCGCACUCUAGUCGCGCCGAGCCCAGCGCCGCCCGGGGCCCUGCCGCGCUCCGGCGACCGUCGCCUGCAACUGCACCAUAACGGGCUCGCCCCGUUCGGGCUAGCGCCUGCAUGCUCCAGCGCCCGUUAA